UCUGUUUUCAAUUUUACUCCUUAUAAAUCACCCAAAUCAAAGCAAAGGAAACCCUACUUGGUGUCGAAGCUCACUCAGUCGCCAAAAAGUAGGGUCAUUGGUGGAUCUGCAGUGAUUUCUGAACUUCAAGCCGUACAAGAUGGCACAUGAAUUGAAUGAGGCGGAAGACCUCAAACUAUGGCCUACUGCGAUUGAAAAGUUGUUUAUAGAUAUUAUGGUCGAAGAACAAGCGAAAGGGAACAUGAAAACUGGUGUUUUUAAGAAGAGAACUUGGACAAAAAUUCGAAAUGAACUCAAUGCACGAGCUAAUCGGUGCUUUGUCAUGCAACAACUUGAGACAAAAUUUGAUAGGCUCAGAACAAAACACGAGGCCAUUUAUCAAGAUUUACGAAAUACUGGAAUGGGUUGGGAUUUUAAGACAAACACGGUUAUUGCCAGUGAUGAAGUUUGGGCAGAUGUACUUGCGGAAAAUCCCAAGGCCAAGGACUUUUGGAAAAACAGAUGUGAACACUAUCAUUUGCUAAGAAUACUGUUCAACAAAAUUACUGCCACCGGUUUCUUCCAAAUUUCCUCAAACCAAGCAGCUCCAAAUAGUGAUGAAGAGCGUGAGCUAGAUAAGAAGUUUCGCAAUGCUGGAUUACAUGCUGACCUGGAUGAUGAUAGUGAUGAUGACACAAACAAUGUCCCAAGGGGUCAUGAGCACACCACACGUGGUAAGAAACGUCCAAUGCAACAAGAAUGGUCUAAGGGGAAGAAGACUGCUAAGAAAAUGGAUGAACUUACACAUGGACUCCGGGACUAUACUGAACUAUGUAGGGCAAGGUUACAAGCUAGGCAGGCUAAGGCUAGCACUAAGAAAUCUAGUAAAUCUGUCACCACCGAUGAUAAGUUUUCUCUUGAGAAAGCUUUUGGGAUGCUCAAUGAGUACACAGACCUGGAUGAUGAUACCUAUUUUAAGGUACAAGAGGAACUCUGUAAUUUGAAUAGUAGAAUUGUCUUCAUUACAAUGCCAGAUAAAAGGAAGAAAACAUGGAUGGAGUUUAUUGCAAAAAGAAUCUGA